UUCACGAAAAAUUUAAAAAAAGUAGAAAAAAUCCGGCCGAAAUAAUAUCGUAUCCAAACCUAGUCGACUGUACGAGAAUAUGAUUCUUGAAAUUUCAGUCCGAAAUUUCCAAACCUAGUCGACUGUACGAGAAUAUGAUUCUUGUAUACCUUCAUCGCGUGUUUCGGCUGGAUGCUUGUGUUGAUGGUACAGAGUUACGGAAUACAGACUACAGAGACACAGGAUCGAAGCUAGUGUAGUUGUGUUGUUGCUCCAGAUCACUAAGCUCGCUCGUGUCAGUCGAGCAAACCUUAAGCAGCCAUGGCUCAAGGUCAACUUGACGCCGAGAGCGUCGUCCCUACCGCCACCGGAGUCCGGAGGCGAGGAAGACGUUUUUGGCUGUUUCGUUUCCGAUCAUGUUUCCUCGAUCGGUUUCGCCGCCGUAUAUGUCUUUCGUUAGGAUGUACUGCCAACAUCCUCGCGUCGCUUCCGACGAGGGAAGGAUGGUGGACGGCGUUCGUCCUCUACCACGGCUGCUGGAUGACGCAGCAGGCCGCCACGAGCGUGUCGGCCUCGCUGGUGCACGCCCAGUUCGCGCGGCGCCCCGACGAUGUGCUCCUCGCCACCUACCCAAAGUGCGGCACCACCUGGCUCAAGGUGCUCUCCUUCGCCAUCGCCAACCGCGCCGCCGCCGGCGACCACCCCUUGCUCACCCAAAGCCCGCAUGACCUUGUGCCGUUCAUCGAGGUGCCCUUCCACCACCUCCACCCUCUCGCCGCCCUCGACGCGCUCCCCUCCCCGAGGCUGCUCUCCACCCACAUGCCGCCCCAGCUGCUUCCCCGGCGCGUCGCCGAGCUCGGCUGCCGCAUCGUCUACCUAUGCCGGGAGCCCAAGGACGUCGUCGUCUCCCUGUGGCACUACAUGAACAAGGUCGGCAAUGGCUUCUUCCUCGAUCUCGACAGGGCCUUCGAGCUGUUUGUCGAUGGCUUCUCCCUGUACGGCUACGGGCCGAUCUGGGAUCACUGCCUAGGCUACUGGAAGAAGAGCAUGGAGGAACCCGACAUGGUGCUCUUCCUCAAGUACGACGACAUGAUGGCCGACCCAGCCGGCCACGUCAAGAAGCUCGCCGAGUUCCUCCGAGCCCCGUUCACCGACGAGGAGGUCGGCGCCGGCGUCGUCGAGGAGGUUGUGAGGCUGUGCAGCUUCGAGAAGCUGAGCCGCCUACCCGUGAACUCCUCCGGGGUGGUUGAUCGGAGCAGUGGACGGCCGAUGGAGAACUCGGUGUUUUUCAGAAAAGGUGAAGUCGGGGACUGGAAGAACUACUUGACUGAAGAGAUGGCCAAGAAGUUGGAUGCCGUUAUUGAGGAGAAGCUGAAAGGAUCUGGUCUCACCUUCUGAUUAUCUGAAUCUGAUAUUUGUUAGUAUUUUUUUUAUACAUUUAUGCUUUGUGUGCUCCUGUGUAAAAGUACAAUAAUCCUCAGAAUCUCUUGUAUUUAAACUAUGUCCCAUUGUAUGCACGCUUGCGCAAGAGUUGGAAAAUCUUAUAUCGCUCACUGCAAUAAAAUGCAAUCUAUUUCUUGUUUUCAAGGGCUGGAAUUUUGUGCGAACGUAGAAGGAUUGCACAUCAAUAUAUUAGAAAGAAAAGGAGAUUUUGUUACACAACGCAAUCGGCCAAACAAGCCUAUGCCAGAAGAAAGAAAGAAAAAAAAAAGAAAAAAAUACUACUACGAAAAAAGGUUACUCCAACAAACGAGAGGGAAGAGGCGGAGCCACACUACACUCCUAUCAAAUCCCCAAAAGCGGCAUUGUCUGCGGAAGACAACUGACGGCCUUCCGAGCGGAUGGA